AUGGCGCCGCCGCAGCCCGCCGCGCUUUGCCUCUUCGACGUGGACGGCACCCUCACAGCCCCGCGCCAGAAAAUCACAGCGGAGAUGGCCGCGUUUCUGCAGAAGUUGCGUCAGAAGGUGAAAGUUGGAGUGGUGGGCGGUUCGGAUUUUGAGAAGAUUAAGGAGCAGCUUGGCGAUGACGUGGUUGAAAACUUUGACUACGUUUUUCCAGAAAAUGGUCUUGUAGCAUACAAAGAUGGGAAAUUCUUGAGCAAACAGAAUAUUCAGGGUCACCUGGGCGAGGAUAUACUUCAAGAUCUAAUCAACUACUGCCUGAGUUAUAUUGCAAAGAUUAAACUGCCAAAGAAAAGGGGCACCUUUAUUGAGUUCCGAAACGGGAUGUUAAAUGUGUCCCCCAUUGGAAGAAGCUGCAGCCAGGAAGAACGAGUUGAGUUCUAUGAACUUGAUAAAAAGGAACAUAUAAGAGAGAAAUUUGUAGCCGAUUUACGAAGAGAAUUUGCAGGAAAAGGCCUCACAUUUUCUAUAGGAGGCCAGAUAAGCUUCGAUGUAUUCCCAGAUGGCUGGGAUAAGCGGUACUGCUUAGGGAUCAUUGCCAACGACGGAUACGAGACUAUUUAUUUCUUUGGAGAUAAGACUAUGCCAGGAGGGAACGACUAUGAAAUUUUCACAGACUCCAGAACAGAAGGCCACAGCGUCACAUGCCCACAGGAUACCAGAAGAAUCUGUGAAGAGCUAUUUUUUAAAUAAAAGGCUUUUACAAUUCAUACUUACAAAACGGUUAAGACAGCUUAAUAACUCAAAACAUCUUUGUAUUGUUUUUUGUAAUUGAACACAAAUAGCAAGGGCUUUGCAUGUCAGUCACUACUGAAGGGAAAUGUUUUAAUUGAAGGGAACCUUGCUGACUGGUGCAAUAGAGCAGAGCUCAUUUAGCACCAUCCUUUCACACUAGUACUUUGUUUUCUUUUUAAUUGGUUGUGGAUUUGGGGGUGGGGGGGCAGGAAAUAAUUUGCCUAUGGUUGAUUUAUGGUCUCAGAAUUGGCCUGCAAGGCUUUAUCCCUAGUUUUUGAAGCUGCUAUUUAAAAGAUGAAUGUUUUAGAGUUGGUUUUUAAACUACUACCUUGUGGUAUAAAGACAUGACUUCCUGUUUAAAACUAGAAGAUGAGUAAGAAAGACAGGUUUUAUUUCUUUCUGGGGGCAGGAGGGUAGAACUGAGCCAGAAGUCCCUGAUCUCAUGGUCAAAAGGUGCAUCAAGUCUACCACGACUGGAAAGACUGGACCAACUGGUGCUAAAGUUACCUCCUCGGUACAGUUGCGGUGCCAACGCACAGUACAGUUCACAAUACCUACACUUUUUGCAGCAUGUUUUUAAAUCUUAAAAAAACAACUUUAAAACAACUUAAGCACAGUAGGAAAACAUUUUUCUAUCACUAAUGGCAUUUCUGAUUUCCCUGGUAAGAUGUUAAGGGUAGAUGAGAUUUUAGUACUAAGAAAAAUGACCUGAACUAUGUUUCUAUUAAAAUUUACCUUACACUGUCAUGCUGUAACUGUUAGUAUUACUUUUCUUGUCUGGCAUUAGGAAAGUAAUCCUGUGUAUGAACAGUUUAAUUUAGUAAAGGAGAAUAAAAUCUCAUUUUAUAAUGAAAAAUUACUGUCUCAAUUUGUCAUUUGGCAAAUAAAAUACAUAACGCAGA